AUGUAUGCAGGAAAUUAUUUUGCACUUUUUUUACUUCUCAUUCUAUGUUCUCCAGAGAUUACUGUAUCCAAGAUAGACUCUGCAAAGGCUCAAGAUAUCAGUAAUCUUGCUGCUUCAGUUGAUUAUUUUACAAACAGUCUUUAUCAAGCUGUGGCUACAGGAACCAACGAAAAUGUCUUCAUGUCACUAUUCAGUGUUGCUACUGUUUUAUCGAUGGUUUAUUUGGGAGCAAGACAAAACUCUGCCAAACAGUUUGAAAAUGUUUUGAAGAUAACUUCUAAUCCAGAUUCUGUAGCUUUGGCUUUCAAAGAAUAUUUUUCACUUUUGAAAACGUCAGAUAAACUUAUCACAUUCUAUUCAGUAAAUCGUUUGUAUGCUAAUGAAAAAUUCCCUAUUUCAGAAGACUACAAGAACAACAUGGUAAAAUAUUUCUUUUCAGAUGUUGAAAAUGUAGACUUUAUAACAAAUGCUGAAAAAACAAGAAUAACUAUUAAUGAUUGGGUUAAGAAUAACACAAAUAACAAAAUUACUGAUCUGUUACCAAGUGGAAGUUUGACACCUCAGUCGGUUCUAGUUCUUAUUAAUGCUGUGUACUUUAAAGGAAUGUGGGCUGAAAAAUUCCCAGAACAAGCAACAUCAUCUAGAAAGUUUUAUUUAAGUUCUGGGAAGACUAUAUCUCAUGAUUUUAUGUAUAUAUCUGAAGAUUUUAAUACAAAAAUAAGUGACAACUAUAAAGUUGUCGAGUUGCCUUAUAUAGGAAAAGCUUUUAAUUAUCACAAUCUACACACUUUGGAAUUUCAGUAA